AUGUCUCUAUCCUCCAAAUUAAGCGUCAAAGAUCUACAAUUGAAAGACAAGCGUGUCUUCAUCAGAGUUGAUUUCAAUGUCCCAUUAGAUGGUAAGAAGAUCACUUCUAACCAAAGAAUUGUUGCAGCCUUGCCUACUAUCCAAUACGUCUUGGAACAUAACCCAAGAUAUGUUGUCUUGGCAUCUCAUUUAGGUAGACCAAAUGGUGAAAGAAACGACAAAUACUCUUUGGCCCCAGUUGCUGCCGAAUUGCAAACCUUGUUGGGUAAGCCAGUCACUUUCUUGAAUGACUGUGUUGGUCCAGAAGUCGACGCUGCUGUUAAGGCUUCUGCUCCAGGUUCUGUUAUUCUUUUGGAAAACUUGAGAUACCACAUUGAAGAAGAAGGUUCAAAGAAGGUUGACGGUCAAAAGGUAAAGGCCUCUAAGGAAGAUGUUGCCAAGUUUAGACAUCAAUUAUCUUCUUUGGCUGAUGUUUACAUCAACGAUGCCUUUGGUACUGCUCACAGAGCCCAUUCUUCUAUGGUUGGUUUUGAUCUACCACAAAGAGCCGCUGGUUUCUUGAUGACCAAGGAAUUAGAAUAUUUCGGUAAGGCUUUGGAAAACCCAACUAGACCUUUCUUGGCCAUCUUGGGUGGUGCUAAGGUCGCUGAUAAGAUUCAAUUAAUUGAAAACUUGUUGGAUAAGGUUGAUUCUAUCAUCAUUGGUGGUGGUAUGGCUUUCACUUUCAAGAAGGUUUUGGAAAACACUGAAAUUGGUGACUCUAUCUUCGAUAAAGCUGGUGCUGAAAUCGUUCCAAAGUUGAUUGAAAAGGCUAAGGCUAAGGGUGUUGAAGUUAUUUUACCAACAGAUUUCGUCAUUGCUGAUGCUUUCUCUGCUGAUGCUAACACUAAGACUGUCACCGAUAAGGAAGGUAUUCCAGCUGGAUGGCAAGGUCUUGACAGUGGUCCAGAAUCUAGAAAAUUAUUCGCUGCUGCUGUCGCUAAGGCUAAGACCAUUGUCUGGAAUGGUCCUCCAGGUGUUUUCGAAUUUGCUAAAUUCGCAAACGGUACCAAGGAUUUGUUAGAUCAAGUUGUUAAGAGUUGUCAAAGUGGUAGUACCGUCAUUAUUGGUGGUGGUGAUACUGCUACCGUUGCUAAGAAGUAUGGUGUUACUGACAAGAUCUCCCAUGUCUCUACCGGUGGUGGUGCUUCUUUGGAAUUGUUAGAAGGUAAGGAAUUGCCAGGUGUCGCUUUCUUAUCUGACAAGAAAUAA